UGUUUUCUUGAUAGUACUAAUGAUAAUUUGGCCUCAAAUAUUUGCAUAUCUACUACCAACUCUGUAAUAUUUAAUCGUUGCUAUUGCAGACGGUACAAAGCUUAUCCUGGGACAAUCACGCUUUAUAUAAUGGGAGAGACAUCACUGUGUUUAUUAUUUACGGGAUGGUUGACGUUGAUCCAUUUGUACCUCAUACAAGUUGUGCUUCUCAUAGUGUUCUUGGGUAAACACGAACAUUCGGAAUACGGCGUGUUUUUCCUCGGAUAUUUGCCAACUGUAUUCUUAACUGGUUCUUUUAUAAGUCGUAAUGGGCCAUUAAAAUACGCCGAUGAAGACAAGGAAAUACGAUAUGUUUGGUUUAUUUGGGGACUAUACAUUGUCCCUUUCGUCGUGACGGUAGCUACUAUCUUUGCCACGGUCGCGAAAGAUCUAACCGAAGAAAAUCACAACGCACUUAUUGGAACACUGUGCAUUACACCAGGACUACUGGUUCUUCUUCCACAGUUGACAAUCAGUCCGUUUUUUCGCAAGCCUGUGUUGUCGUUGUCUGUGUUUGGUGCUUUGGAUAUCUUCGAUGGUAUCCAAAUGCUGCAAAUAUUUCUGAUGCAAAAGGAAGGGAACUUUGAUUUAGAUGUGCAUCUUGAAAGAAGCAUUGUCGUCUUCGCCUGCUUCUGUUUCUUGCUCACACCGCUUAGUUUACUGCGAAAUGAGUUCAAGCCAAAUGGCGAUGUGGAAGAGAGGAAAUCAUUGUCUAUCAUCGUUGGUCUAUUUGAGAUAUUUGCCAUCAAUCUCCCGUGUUUGGUUUUACGUGCCGUCGUUUGGAAUAAAUACCAAGCCGCCAUUUUCCUCACAAAGAACGUCAUUGCUCUCAUCGUCGGCGCCGUCCAUUUUCUAGUCCUGAUAGGAAUGUGCAAAUGUGGAGAGUGAAGAGCUCAGUGACACUGUAAAUUACGAUAAAACUAUAUCAUAAUAGACAUAGUAGUAGAACGGAGACAAGUCAAUCGCGAGCUCGUAGGAAAAUAAGGACUGAAACCAACACUUACACAUACGAAUUAGCAAAAUACAGCACGGGUAGAGAAAAUAUAUGUUCGCUGUUUUCUCACUGUAACUUGUUAAGG